AUGGAGAUUGAUUCAAAUAUUGUUGAGAAUCCUUUAUUAAAUGAGAGUGAAGAAGUUGAGGAACCUAAGAGGGGUAUGUGUUUCACCUCAAAGCAAGAAGCGUACACAUUUUAUGCCAAAUAUGCUAAACAUGUUGGGUUUUCUAUAGCUUGUAAAACACAAGUUAUCGGCGAUGAUGGGGAAUUAAGAUACUUUGGGAUUGAAUGUUCUCGAUCGGGGAAGAGAAUUAAAAAAUCAGAAGUAAACCCUUUAAAGCCAUCUCUGUCCACAAAAAUUGAUUGCAAAGCAAGGGUACGAGCAAGCCUACAAAAGGAUGGGAGAUUUAUGUUAACCACAGUUAACCUUGAACAUAAUCAUGACUUGAUCCCCACCGACUCACGCCAUUUUCUAAUGAAUAAGAAAAUCCUUAGUCCUGUGAAGAGAAGAUUAGAAAUUAAUGAUCAAGCAGGGAUUGGGGUGUCUAGGAAUUAUAACUCAAUGGUUGUUGAAGCUGGGGGUUAUGAGUCUUUAACAUUUGAUGAGCGAGAUGCAAGGAAUUACAUUGAGAGAGCUAGAAAAUUGAGGCUUGGAGAAGGAGAUUCCGAUGCACUUCAAAAGUAUUUUUUGAGAAUGCACGCACAAAAUUCGAGUUUCUAUUAUAUGAUUGAUGUUGAUAUUGACUUUCGCAUAAGAAACUUGUUUUGGGCGGAUGCAAUGAGUCGGGCGGCUUAUGAAGAAUUUGGAGAUUCUGCUUUGGGUUUCUCUGUGUCAGAGUUCUUUGGAUACCUUCAAGCUCGUUGGGAGGAAUUGGCUCAAUAUGAACCCUUGAUUGAGUUACCAGUAGAUGUCGUCGCUUGUGUCCAGCCACCUUGCCAACCAGCACACUUACCAGUUUCUGAUGGGCUUAAACUCUGA